UAUUUACGAGGUGACCUGAGAGGCUGCCUCGCUGCUCGAUGCUGGGGCUGCGGCAGCGAACCAGGCAGACAUGGGCCUUUCCGUGUGGGGAAGCCAGCGUGGCCCACGGGCACGAAUUGUGGUUUCCUCCACGACAUUUGAGGUCUGAUCGCCGUGGUGGCCCGGAGGCACUGCCGAGGCCGGGGUGAUGGAUGACGACACGGAGCUAAGGACGGAUGGGAACUCCCUCCUGAAGGCGGUGUGGCUGGGGAGGCUCAGGCUGACCAGGCUCCUCCUGGAAGGGGGCGCUUACAUCAACGAGAGCAACGACAAAGGGGAGACGGCCCUCAUGGUAGCGUGCAUCACCCAGCACGUGGACCAGCAGAGCACCAGCAGGCCCAGGAUGGUGAAGUACCUGCUGGACCAGAGGGCAGACCCCAACAUCCAGGACAAGUCCGGCAAGACGGCGCUCAUCCACGCCUGCAUCCGGAGGGCGGGGGGCGACGUGGUGUCCCUGCUUCUGGAGAACGGCGCGGACCCCAGCCUCGAGGACCGCACGGGGGCUUCGGCCCUGGUCUACGCCAUCAACGCCGAUGACAAGGACGCCCUGAGGCACCUACUGGACGCCUGCAAAGCCAAAGGGAAGGACGUGAUCAUCAUAACAACCGCGAAGUCGUCGUCAGGCACCAAAACCACCAAGCAGUAUCUCAACGUCCCUCCUUCGCCCGGAGGAAAAGACCGCCAGUCCCCGCCGCUGUGCACGUCCCCCUCGGACAUUGAACUGAAGGCUCCAGGCCGGGGUGCCCCACCCACGGAGAGGGAGGAGGACUUCUUCAGCCUCCAGUCAGGGCGUCUGAGUGCCUGCAACAUGGUCAAGGCUCUCAACGAGCCCGGGUCGCCCCUCAGGAAAGUGGGGAACCUCAAGCGGGCCCGCCUGCCCCAGCUGAAGAGGCUGCAGUCCGAACCCUGGGGCCUGAUUGCGCCGUCCGUGCUGGCAGCCGGCGCACGUCAGGACGAGACCCACGGCCCCAGCCCGGACAGUGAGGUCAUCAAGAGCUUUAGCGAUGUGUCCUUCCCCAAGAGGGGGCCGCUCUCCAGAACCAGCAGCAUCGAUGGCAAAGACCCCACCUUCUUCCCCACCGUCGCCGAGCAGGUGCAGAAGAUCAUGGCCUCCCCAGGACCAGCAUCCUGGAAGGCCGCCCAUGAGAAGGGUCAGGCUUCCCACCCCCGUCUGGCCCGGAGAGGAACUCUCCCCAUCGACCAGGAAAAGGUGGGUAUCGGUCCAGCAGGCCCCCCUGCCCUCAAAGAUCCUGUGUCCCUCAAGCGGCUGGAGAGUGAUUUGCACGACUUAGAUUUACAGGCUGGGGCCGACCAGCUCAGCUCGGUCUCCCUGGAAUCCAGCAAAGGGCCCUUGGACAGGAAGAGGCUCGACGGCUCCCUCCUGGCUCUCUUCCACGGCUCGCGGGAGUCCCUGGACGCCAAGCCCAGCACGUCCCCCAGCUCGGCGCGCCGCCGGCCGCCGCCUCUCCUGGAAAGGCGAGGUUCUGGAACUCUGCUGCUGGACCGAAUUUCGCACACCAGGCCUGGCUUCCUGCCGCCUUUAAACGUCGGUGGGAACCCACCUAUCCCUGACAUCAGAUCCAGCAGCAAACCGUCUUCUCCACUCGCGAGCGGCUUAAAAUCCAUGGUUCCCGUUGCGCCCAGUUCACCGAAGAGAGCAGACUUGAGAGGCAGACGGGCGCUCCUGCGGAGACACUCCAUGCAGGCGGAGCAGAUGAGGCAGCUGUCAGACUUCGAGCAGACCGUCACCUAGCAGCGCCUGGCAGGCUGUAAACCACAGAACUCUGCGCAGUUACUGGAAGGCACCCUCGUCUAGAGCAACACAGCCGUGCGUCCCGUGGGUCCCUCUGCACUGGUGGUGGGGAUGAAGCCGGGCGCUGCUUCCCUGCGGAAGUGGUCUCUGGGUUUAUGCAGUUUUCCCUGCAAAGAGCUCAGGGUAAUUGGGUUCGAGACACGAAAUCACCGAAACCAAAAAAUUCCCCACGGUUCUCCCUUCGGGGUUGGGAAGGAACAGCAGCAAGUACAAUGAUCCCGGCCCCCGACCCCAGCUCCCCCCCACCAGGCAGGCGAGAACGGAGUCCCCAGACGGUAUUUGGAUCACGCCCUCGGUAACCCAUCUAUAAAGUGCCUACAGAGACGACGAGGCUUUCACAUUUGUCGGGAUGUGCAGGAGCUCAGUGCGCCCGGAGCUCGGAAAUCCCGCAGCUGUGUUCCCUUCCAAGCAGCAGAAGCGGAGCUCCCCCACUCAGAGAGGCCCUGCAGGUGGGCGCUGUCCGGCACCCGGAGCCCCAGACCCUUCCCGCCCCCGUCACACCUGUGUUCAUGCACACCUGCAGGUGUGUAGUGGGUCCCCAGCGAUGUGUCCCCCAAAUCCCGAU